UACUUACACCAAUACACAAAGAGUUACUUACACCAAUACACAUAUAGUUACUUACACGUACACACACACAUUCAGACAAUAUCAAUGGAGAAGAUAUCAAAUUUGUUAGAAGACAAGCCAGUGGUGAUAUUCAGCAAGACCUCGUGCUGUAUGAGUCACACUAUCAAGUCGCUUAUAUCUGGAUAUGGUGCGAAUCCAACGGUGUACGAACUAGAUGAGAUGUCUAAUGGAGCAGAAGUCGAAAGAGCACUGGCCGAGCUUGGAUGCAAACCGACCGUGCCAGCUGUCUUCAUAGGACAACAGCUCGUCGGUGGUGCAAAUCAGCUUAUGUCUCUUCAAGUCCGGAACCAACUAGGUUCGUUGCUCCGAAGAGCUGGAGCUAUAUGGAUUUAAGACUUUUAAUGUUUUUAUUUCGAGAUGCAUAUAUAGUUAUAUAUCUUCUAGUAUAGAUCAGUGAUUGAAACGUAUAUGUGUUUAUGCUUCAAACACUACGAGAUGAUCAAUGUUUGAAGCAUAUAUAUAUAUAUAUAUAUAUUAAUAUAUAGGUGUAAGUUCAGGAAGAAGAAGAAUAAAGCAGUUUGAUACAAUUUCGCUUUUGUGUUUUGAAUGCAAACGCAAUUGUUUAAUUAGGAAUAAAUCGUAUUUGCAUCA